AUGGGUCAUAAAUCUUGGAGCCCUCCUCUGUCUGAAGAUAGUGAAUUACAUUCCUGCAGAGAUCUCGCUGCCUCUUCUUCCGCAAAUAACUCUGAAGUAGGCGAGGAUCCCCCUGAGAGGCCAAGAGGGCAUAAUAAGAGGAGAGGACUGAGACCAAAGAGCUUCCAGUUAUGGAGAAUGGAGGGAGGGGCAUGUCCUGAGGAACAGUCCCUAUCAGAAGAACAAAAGAAGAGGACAUUCUCAGAGCAAACUCUGUUUCUAGUUUUGCAUGCAGUGGGAUACUUGAGCGGAGAAAAAUACUACUAUGGAGCAAAAGCAAGUAUAAAUGUGUGGGCCCCGCAGGUGCAGAAUCAAUACGAGUUUAGUUUAUCUCAGAUUUGGAUUAUCUCUGGUUCCUUUGGUAAUGAUCUCAACACCAUUGAAGCUGGCUGGCAGGUGAGUCCGGAGCUCUAUGGAGAUAAUUACCCAAGAUUCUUUACUUACUGGACUAACGAUGCAUAUCAAGCAACAGGCUGCUACAAUCUCUUGUGUUCUGGUUUUGUCCAAACCAACAGUCAGGUUGCGAUUGGAGCUGCAAUCUCUCCCUCCUCUUCAUUCAAGGGUGGACAAUUCGAUAUUACUCUCCUAAUUUGGAAGGUACAAUUGCGAUAUUACCCUUCUAACCACACUUUAAUUGCAACGUUCAUUCAUUCGUUGAUUUAAAAUUGCAAUUUUUUAAAAUUUUUGGAUAAAAUAAAACCAAUGUACUGCAUUUUAAUUAGAAGUUGCUCUUUUCUUUCUCCUUUAUAUCAUUUUUUCAAAAAAGAAGAGAAGUCUACUUGAGUAUCAUACCACUUAUUACAUACACUCUUUACUUUUGUUAGAAGUUAUUAAUCUUUUUCGUUUUUGAUACAUUUGUCCCCAAAUAACUCAAAAUACUUACUACGCAAUCCUAGGGCAUGGCUCAUGAGUUAUCAAAAAAAAUAGUACUAUCUUUUUUUUUCUAGCCUCACACGUGUCAUAAUAAUUAAAGGCAUGUUUUCGCAUUUAAGUGACAACACGCAGAUUAAAACCCUAUAUUCUUUACUUUGUGGUGCAUCAUGUAAUUUUUAAGUUUUAAAAACCAUAGACUACUAUAAAUUUAUAUGGACUACACA